AUGGAAUAACGUUCACCGUACCGGCACGCCUCAGGCAGAGAGCAACCAAUCCCCGCGAUGGCCUUUGAACCAGCGCCUACGAAGACUUACCAUACGGACAUUGAUCGGGGCCAAUUUAACAAUGGCCAGCACAAUGGCAAAUUUCCUAGGCUUGAUCAUCCUGGACGGUGAACCGGCAUGGAUAUGUCUCUUAUCAUGCAAAAUAGACAUUGUCUUCUCCGCCUUCGUCAUUCACUGGAUGACGCAAAAGUCUUCAGUCCACUCAACGCUUCUAACUAUCGAAUUGAAUGCGGAACCGGAAUACUUCAUCGUCAAUCCCUUCCAUCGAUCAAGUACUGAACAUGAAACGGGAAAUGUAAACAAUGUUGUAAUUAGUAAUAGCGAUCCCGCGAGGACGGACGGCGAAGAUGAACAUUUUACCGGAUGAGGCGUACCAGCCUGCGUGGACUCGACAUAUAACUAGCUUCCCACUUCCCU